UCCGCAGUAAGCUAAGUAACAGUGUUGACUUCACGUCGGCCAUUUUCUACGUUAUUAAAACGACCAUGCGUUAGAAGAUUCUUAAGAAAUUUUUCGUUCGGAUUGACUAAAUUCGUUCAAUUCCGUGUCACUGGUUACUUUCACUUUUGUUAUCAUCAUGGGUUCUAAAAUUGAAUACGUCGAUCAAUCACAAAUUUACGCUACAAGUUACGUGAGGAACUCGAAGGCCAUCGGCGUUUUAUGGGCGAUCUUCACAAUCUGCUAUGCAAUAAUUGGGGUAGUAUCGUUGAUCACACCAGAAUGGAUUGGAUAUUUGGGCACGGAAUCGGGUAGUCAAGGAAAAAUCGGUCUUUGGUCAAUUUGUUAUGCCGCCGAAGAAGGUACCGAAAGUUGUAAAGGAUUACUUUACGAAUUUUGGAAGAUGGAGAACAAACCACUCAUGGCAGCAACGAUAUGUGUAGGGUUAGCAGUCGCUACAGCCCUUUUAACUAUUUGCGUAAUGCUGUUUUUUUGCUUUUGUCAAACGACAACGGUCUUUCACGUUUGCGCUUGGUUACAACUGAUAUCAGCAAUUUGUAUGAUUGCUGGAUGUGGUUGUUUCCCCGCCGGUUGGAACGGUUCUAAAAUCCAAAAAAUAUGCGCUUCAUCGCAGCCGUAUUUUUUGGGGCGAUGCAACAUCCGCUGGGCGUAUCUUUUGGCAGCUAUUGGAUGUUUGGACGCUGUUAUCCUAUCGAUUUUAGCAUUUAUAUUGGCCACUAGACACAUUAGGUUACAACCGGAUCCGCAUUAUGCCCCGGCGAGCUUAUUUAAAGGUGAAAUGAACAGUGGUUUUGUUAACGAUACAGGAAGUGUAGCCGGCUCAAGAAAAUCUUUAAAUUUACAUCCAGUUUUAUUAAUGCAUCCAGGACAAGACGAUACAUAUUCGCAAUUUUCUCAAAGAACUGUGCCAAGAUCGACUCAUUCCGGUCAUUAUUCUCAUCCAAUGCAUCAUAACUAUCAAAUGUAAAAAGAUAAUUAUGUUUACUAUACAUACAAAAAAAGAUGUAUGUAUAUUUUUAUUAAUUAUUUUGAUACAAAAUCGUUUUCAUUGCUAACCUGUGAUGGAGAAUUUGCGAAUGAAUUGAAUCCUGUUGAAUCGAAUCGAAUCUCAUUUACCGUUUUUUUAAACUAGGUAUCUUCGUUUAGAUUUUAUGGUUUUUAUUUUUAUUAUAAGAUGUCAUUACUAAUUAAAUCCUUUAAGUAAAUAUAAUGUUUUUAAUCCGUUAAUAUUAUUUAUUUUAAGAAGUAUUUAGCUUUUAUUCAUGUCUAAAAUAAAGAAAUCUACAUGAUAA